CAUUCACAGGUGUGCACUGCCUGCCUGCCGACUAGACCAACCAACUACCAAGAAUUAAAAGACGCGGCCGAGCGAGCGAGGGCCGGGGGGCUAGGACGCCGGCCAUUGCCGCCCUCCUCUUCUCGCUCCAUCCCCAUCUUCGCCUCCUCCUCCUCCUCCUUGGCUUCAACUCCACUCCUCGCACGCUUGCUUGCUUUCCAAACCAAGGGAUAACGGAUAACAUAACCGCCGCCCGUCUAAGCGCUUCCACCACCACCACGUACUACGCCGCCCAUCCCAACUGCACUGCACUGCACCCAGCAACAGCCAACAGGGGUAGUGGAAAGACGAAAGGACUCGCUGAUCUGCCCAUCAUCCAUCCAAUCCAUAUGGAGAAGCUUAGGUACUACUCCUCCUCCUGCUCCUGUUGUUGAUGCCAGUCAUAUUCCAUUUAGCAAUGCCGCCAUUACGAGCGGCUCCUAGAUUUCUCACCCAGUUCCUCCCUAUAUGGCUAUAUAUAUACACACACACAUUCACGCAUCCCUCAUCUGCCUGUCUGUCUGGUGGUCUCAAAACCUGCAUCAGGAGCCUCUGUGCCUGCUGCAUGGGCCCUCCGCGGCCGGCCUCGCCGGCCUGUGCCACCGCCGGCGUCACGGUCAAGGUCAGCGACAGAUACGUCGAGAUCAAAAACGGCAUCUUUGACCUGACGCUGUCCAACCCGGACGGGAUCGUCACCGGCGUGCGCUACAACGGCGUGGACAAUCUCAUGGAGAUUCUCAACAAGGAAGACAACCGAGGGUACUGGGACCUUGUUUGGAACCCACCAGGACAGAAAACUGGCAUCUUUGAUGUGAUCAAAGGCACCGAAUUCCGCAUCGUUUACCAAGAUGAGAACCAGGCUGAGGUAUCCUUCACCAGAAAUUGGGAUCCUUCCCUUGAAGGAAAAGCUGUCCCCUUGAACAUCGAUAAGAGGUUCAUCGUUCUCCGUGGCUCAUCCGGGUUCUACACCUAUGGUAUCUAUGAGCAUAAGGAAGGAUGGCCUGAUUUCGGCUUGGGAGAGACGAGGGUGGCUUUCAAGCUGCGGAAAGACAUGUUUCAUUACAUGGCAUUGGCUGACGACAGGCAGAGAAUUAUGCCAAUGCCCGAUGACCGGUUGCCUCCUCGAGGACAGCCAUUAGCAUACCCUGAGGCUGUGCUCCUUGUGGACCCAAUCAACCCUGAACUUAGAGGGGAGGUUGACGACAAGUACCAGUACUCUUGCGAAGACCAGUACAACAAUGUCCAUGGUUGGAUGUCAUUCGAUCCUCCAAUUGGCUUCUGGCAGAUCACUCCAAGUGAUGAGUUCAGGACAGGAGGACCUCUGAAGCAAAACUUGACUUCUCAUGUUGGCCCUACUAUGCUGGCUAUGUUUCUUAGUGCACAUUAUGCAGGAGAUGACCUCUCACCAAAGUUCACGAAUGGAGAGUACUGGAAAAAGGUCCAUGGACCGGUAUUCAUGUAUCUUAAUUCCAGUUGGGAUGCAAGUGACCCAACUAUGCUAUGGGAAGAUGCAAAAGUUCAGAUGAUGAUUGAGAAAGGAAACUGGCCGUACUGUUUUGCACUUUCAGAGGAUUUUCAGAAGACAGAGCAAAGGGGUUGUGUCUCUGGUAGAUUACUAGUCCGAGACAGGUAUAUAGAUGAUCAAGACCUUUAUGCCUCAGGAGCCUAUGUAGGCUUGGCCCUACCAGGAGAAGCUGGAUCCUGGCAAAGAGAGUGCAAGGGAUACCAGUUCUGGUGUAGAGCAGAUGUAGACGGGAGCUUCUACAUAAGGAACAUUGUAACUGGGAACUACAACCUGUAUGCUUGGGUUCCAGGGUUUCUAGGGGACUACAAGCUAGAUGCCACAGUGACCAUAGCUUCAGGGGAUGAUAUUUAUCUGGGUGACCUCGUGUAUGAGCCGCCAAGAGACGGGCCGACGAUGUGGGAGAUUGGAGUACCUGAUCGAUCUGCUGCUGAGUUUUAUGUUCCGGAUCCUAACCCCAACUACGUCAAUAGAUUGUACGUCAACCACCCUGCAGAUAGAUUUAGACAGUAUGGGCUCUGGGAACGAUACGCGGAACUAUACCCUGACAGUGACCUGGUAUACACAGUUGGCCAAAGUGACUAUAGCACGGAUUGGUUCUAUGCUCAAGUUAACAGGAAAAUUGAUGACAACACUUACCAGCCAACAACAUGGCAAAUCAAGUUCGACCUUGACAGUGUCAGCCCAAGCAGCACCUACAAGUUCAGGGUGGCUCUGGCGUCUUCUGCGCUCGCUGAGUUGCAGAUUUCCUUCAACGACCAGGACAGGGCUGUUCCUCACUUCGCCACCGGGCUGAUCGGCAGGGACAACGCCAUAGCAAGGCACGGGAUCCAUGGGCUCUACUGGCUGUUUAACAUCGAUGUGGCCAGUGCUUGGCUUGUGCAAGGGGUGAACACCAUCUACCUGAAGCAGCCCAGGAGCCAGAGCCCGUUUCAGGGGUUGAUGUACGACUACUUGCGUUUGGAGGGACCGUGCGGCUGCUAAUCGAUUUGUGUGUGAAAUUGCGUUGCUAGAUGUGAAAUUACAACUGCAUUCACUGUGUAAACCCAAUGCAUACGAUUGGGGAAAAGAUGUUGCGGUAUUAUAGGCAUUGGGGUUACGUGUAGGUAAUGUUAGUUUAAUUUUCGCAUUUAUAACCGUGCAGCUAUGCUGAUUUGUAACUAUAAUGAUGUAAGUGUGUACGCAAUAAUGGGUGUUUUUAGUCAGGUAACUAAUUACGGACAACUUCAACACAAGGUCAAAAACGGAGGUUGUUUGAAGGGUAUUGUA